UCGGGUCCACAUCUAAAGAUAGUCUAACGCGGAAUGUUAUCUAAACUGCUGUGUCUAUUUUUGGUUCUCUCCUUUGAGGGCAACUUAGUUUGUUCAAGCGACGAUGAUCUGCCAGAGAUAGACACGCCCUUGGGAAGAGUUCGAGGAUUUUGGAAGACUUCAGGUGACCAAAAAUAUGCUGCUUUUGAGGGAAUUCCAUACGCGAAACCACCAGUAGGAGAUCUCAGGUUUGAGGAACCUGAACCUAUAUCAGCCUGGUCAGGAACUUGGGAAGCUAACACUCUUCAAACAUGUCUUCAACAAGAAGGAUUUCUGGGUCCAGAAGACGUACUUGGAGAAGAUUGCCUCUACCUGAACGUGUAUGUCCCUGCUGAUUCUGUGAAGAACCCCAAGACCCUCGACGUAAUAGUUUCAAUCCAUGGCGGUGGCUUUAUGAUAGGCAAUGGUCAGAUGGCCAUGAAUAUGUCCCUAGAAAACAUUGUACUUGUAUCGUUUAACUACCGUGUUGGUGUUCUAGGAUUUCUCAGCACGGAAGACAACGUCAUACCCGGCAACAACGGCAUGAAGGACCAAGUCUUAGCACUCAAGUGGGUCAGGGACAACAUCGCUUCAUUCGGGGGAGAUCCCCACUCCGUCACAAUAGUAGGCGGAUCAGCGGGCGGAGCCAGCGUCCACCUCCACUAUUUCUCACCCCUUUCUAAAGGAUUGUUCGUGAAAGGCGUUUCACAAAGUGGCACAGCCCUAGCACCGUGGGUGAUCAGAAGAAACGCCUUGCAACGUGCCAAGAAACUUGCGGUGUUGGUAGGCUGUCCCGAUAGUCCUUCGGAAGAACUGAAGAAGUGCCUUAAGCAGAGACCAGCGCAAACCUUGAUAAACCAAUUGGUACAUUUCUACGGCGUCGGGAUCAUGCCCUUCUCACCUUUUGCACCAGUAGUGGAAAAGGGAUCAGCAAACGCUUUCCUAGACAUGGAACCUUACCAGCUUUUGAAGGAAGGUAAAGUCCACGAUGUGCCUUGGAUUACCUCCUACACUACCGAUGAAGGAUUGCUUCCUGCAGGAUUUUACUAUAAAAAUUUGGAAGAAGUGGACAAGACCUGGGUAGAUAUAGCUCCAUAUCUGUUAGAUUGCAAUGAUACCCUACCUGCAUUAAAGAAGGGGACAGUAGCGAAGGAAGUGUUGGAUUACUAUUUGGGACCAGGUGAAAAAAUCAACAAAAAGAAUUUCAAAAAAUUUACACAGAUUUUCACUGACAGGCUGUUUGCUGUUCCUGCAGAAGUAUCAGCUAAAAUGCAAGCCAAGGUAAAUAAAUCUCCAGUUUACGUCUACCAUUUCAACUACAGCGAAGGUGAAAAUAAUGCAGCACAGUCCUAUAUAGGAUCAGAAAUAGAAGGUGUAGGCCAUGGUGAAGAUUGCAUAUACUUCUAUGGGAUCAUGCAAGUAAAACCACUAUCGGAAGAGGAUAAACGUUUGACUAAUGCUUGCCGCAAUAUGUUGUACUCAUAUGCCAGCAGCGGUAAUCCCUCUUUCGAUGGGACAGACACCUGGAAAGCAACAGGACCUAAAGAGCUGACUUACUUGCUUAUAAACGGACCAGACGACAUGAAGCUGCAAAGGAGUGAAAGGGUGACUCCUAUUGACUUUUGGAGCAAGCUAGGACUCUUGGAAUAUGACAAUUUUGCUGUCAGGGAUGAACUGUAGUUUUCUUUUUUAACAAAUAAUUUUGUUUG